ACUCUAGUUGACCCCGGAAGGUUGGUAAUCGGUUGCAAGCACACCUUCACGGCCCAGCGCCGCAGACGUUCAAUCGACCCUCGACAAUGAGAUAGUGCUCUGGCAGUCACCUUCUUAUUCAUUCUUUACCCUUCCGCCCGUGCCCAAGCCUCUGGCGGCUGGUAUUUACUCAUUAUCUUCGGCUGGUCUUCUCGAAGAAACCCACUCUCUCUUUCAUUCGACAUGAUUGCCCCUAAGCCUCCCGUGAAAUUGGAAGGCCAUUGUUCCGUCAUUCACGAUAACACCCUGUACACCUACUCAGCAAAUGGAUUCGCUUCUAUCUCACUCGGACGAAAUGCGACAUGGACGGAAUUACCGAUGGGAGAACCCGUCUCGCAUGCCGCUUGCGUGACAGGAGGACUAGAUGGUAACGAGGAUCAGCAGGCGCUUUAUGUGAUCGGAGGAAAGCCUUCCAAAGGGGAAGGCUCUGGAUUACAGCGAUACUCAUUCAAAGACAAGAAGUGGAAGACCAUCGACGGCGUCCAAGGAAACAUGGCCAAUCGAACCUCCCAUAAAGCGGUCUAUCUGAGAUCCUCAUCCUCGCUUUUGAUUUACGGCGGUCACCAACGUGGAGAAAUAGAUGCAUCGUCAGACACCUUCGCAAUUAAUACGCAAGAGCCGUAUAAUCUGUCAGCGUAUUCGGCCGAAAAAGCAUCCCCCGCUUUCAACCCUGUACUACUGCCAUGGAACGAUAAGAAGGCUGCUUUGGUGGGUGGUCUGACGACCCCGGAUCAAGUGCACUUGUUUGAUCCCAUUCAAGGGUGGCAUAGCUCAGAUGUGACCAUCCUAGAUGCCUUGUCCGAUGAUGUGCAAUGCGCGAUCGUUAAUGGGACAGAUGGCAGCAAAGUGCUUGAGGCUUUUGACAUGAGCGCGUCACCCAACAAUGUCACGAGUAUAACCUUGCUAAAAUCUGGCGGCACACCGGCUCAGACAGCAAGUAGCUCGGAAUCGUCCCCGAGCAAAAGAGGAAUUACCCUUGAUGAUUACCCAAAAUACGAUGAUUCUUUAGCAUCAUCGACAACGAGAAAGGACUACUCGCUGGCGCAAGGCGACGAUGGGCUGGUGGUCAUUUCCAGUGGCAGUGGCACCGACACUCUGGCAAUAUUUAAUCAGACUUCGAACAGCUGGGUGAACGUAACCAAGCUAUUCUAUGGCGACCAGGCCUCACAACAAAUCCUUGGAUCGACUACGACAACCUCAACCCCAACAGCUACCGCGAGCGGGUCCAGUGAGACUUCUACCGCUCCGGCCAGCGGUGGUUCCUCGAGCAGCGAUGUUGGCACUAUCGUUGGGGCCACACUAGGAGGCAUCGUGGGACUUGCUGUGAUUUUGAUUAUAAUCCUGUUCAUCUUGAAACGCAAGAAGGACGCUAAGAAGCGAGCUGCCCAGGGCCAAAACGGCGGUGACAAGGAUCGCUUGAGCUUCCAGGAUCGAGGGGUUGAGCCUUUGACUCAGUCCGCAUACCCGAUGGCGAAGAGUUCGGCACCGCUGGCGGCAUCGUCGGUUGAUUCUCUGGCGAUCUUCUCAGGUCAGGUCGGCGAGGAAAAGUCGCCACGGUCAGCGGGUGCACCUCCUAGUUUUGAUCCCAAGCCAAGUCCCUUGAGCACUAUCCAAUCUACUCGGGAGUUCACUCCAGGAGAGAUCGACAAGGUGAUCGAAGCCCAGGACUCGCUGCCAGAGGACCAUCCUGGCCACCGGAGGACGACGGAUGAAGGCUGGGGUAGAUAUUUCCAAGAUGCCAAUCCGACACCUUUGAUCGUUCCACCGGCAGCAGUAGCAUCCCGGCCUGACUCGACGGCCACGACGGACACUGCAUGGCCGAUGAAGACCCUUACUCCAUUGAAUACCAGCUUCCUAGAAACACCAAAACCGCUCGGAUGUGUUGUUAGUGGCAGCCCCACCACCGAACAUGCUACGUCUCCCAAAAAUGGACAGUACAUCACUAUUCCCGAAAGCCAAUCCGCCCGCAUCUCGACCGCUAGUGAGAUUACAAUUGAGUCGGUAGAUGACUACGAACCCCGUGGAUCACGUGCGCAACAGAGCUGGGUUGGUCGUCCCCCUAGCAGCACAUACAGCCGAAGUUAUUAUAACCCCAGCUUUUACAACUCGAGCGGGCCAGAUGUCCCCUCGCUUGUGGCACCACUACGCGAUACCCGCAUGAACACACGCGGCUCGAGUGUCCUUAUCCCAGACACCACCGAGCCAGUACCACCGCGCGACUCUCGCAACAACAACAAUAACAAUAGCAAUGUCAAUUCGGAUAUGAGCUGGUUGAACAUCAAUGCCGACCGCUGAUCUAUCUGGAAUUCUAUCAGAAUCACAUUCCUUGCAGCUACCAUGAACCUCUCCUUGACCACCAUCCGCCGCUGACUGAGCCUAAUCCACUCCUUUCCUGACUUGGUCAUGCGUUAAUAUCAGCCGGAAAAAGAUUCCUGUAAAAGUGUCAUUUUCCUUGCUUCCCUCCAAGAUGGAUGGACUGUACAGCUAGCCGCGCAUUUCUUAUAGUUCUAACAUCUUUGUUGCUCCUGUUUCUGUUCUUCCUAGCACUCCUAGGAUUGAGCGUUGAAGCGUUCCAAUUCCAAUUGUUGUGACUGCCCUACCUGAUCCAUGGCUGUUGUGUAUUGUGACCAUGCAUCCUCUUGUUUAGUGUUGGUAUAUUCUAUCCGUUUGAUUCGUGAAACCCAUCAUUGAUUUGAAUUCGUCCUUUUGCUUUGGGCUACGGGAUAUUGGUGUUGUACUUUGGAGUCGUACAUACGCAUAUAGAGCUUUUACAUAAAUGGCAGCAGGACUUAAUCCACCAACAAGGCACUGUACCCGCAAUCUCACACGUUAAAUUAGAACACUGUAAUUCCUCGUAAUUAACCC